AUGCUGGCCUCAGGGCUGCUCCUGGUGACCUUGCCGGCCUGCCUGACUGUGAUGGUCUUGAUGUCUGUCUGGCAGCAGAGGAAGAGCAGGGGGAAGCUGCCUCCGGGACCCACCCCAUUGCCCUUCAUUGGAAACUACCUGCAGCUGAACACAGAGCAGAUGUAUAACUCCCUCAUGAAGAUCAGUGAGCGCUAUGGCCCUGUGUUCACCAUUCACCUGGGGCCCCGGCGGGUCGUGGUGCUGUGCUGA